AUGCUCUAUCACUACAAAAAACCGGCCUGCUCCAGGAGUGGCUGUCUGGGCUGGAGUACGAGUCAGUGCCCCAGCAUCGAAACCGGCCCCGGCUCCAGCUCUGUUGUUGCUGCGGACUCGGGCUCGAGCUGCUGCAGGGAGGUACCGCGAUGGCCGGGAUUUGCCAGGUCAGACCAACCGACGUCGCGUCUGGCAACUCCGGUUCCCUUGGUUUCAGCAGCCCAGCCGGUGGUCAUGAGAAGUGGACCAAUGUUUUCCCAGUCGUCUGGAGUCGCCGGUCCAGUUGACGCCUCGUCGGCGACGACGGCCACGUCGACGGUGAUGGCAACAGCAGCAGCAGCUGCCUCUCUGGUACGUCGGCUCGACUGUCUCCUCCUGGCCCCGGGGCCGCAUUAUCCCGUCGUACCGUUGGCCGGCGGCCUCGACCUCACCGGCUCGAAGACCGAGCCCCGAGGGUGUGACCUGACGUCUGGUCUGGCUGUCCGGGCGAGCCGAGAGACUCGAGCUGAGGUCGAGGAGUACGUUGCGGCCCGAUUGCAGUCACGUGAGCCGAGGCCGCCGAGAGUGGCCUCGGUGGGCCGGGACUCGGGCUCGGGACCGCUGGCGUCUGUCGAGUUGAGCCGGCAGUCGGGCGACCUCGCGGCCGGGCCUCAUCUGCCCGCCUACCUCUGCCCUCAGACCCAGUUCAGACUGGCCCAGGGCCAUCGGCCGCAGCCGCUGCAACUCGCCUACCCAAGCCCCCUCAUGGCAACCGUCUCCUCGACAGCUCGUCUCCAGCCGCAGGCGCAUCUUCACAUGCCAUACUGCGCCCUCGCCCAGGGCCUCUCGUCUCUGCCGCCAGCCCCGGCCGGCUAUUGUCAGGCUCGUCUCAUCCUGACGCUGGCCGACUCGGCCCAACAACAGGUCGGCCCACCACCUCCCUCUCACCCCAACGAGUCGCUUUUGCCAUCACACCUUCUUCUCUCACAGCCGGCCUCGACGCUCACGGUCUGUCACCAUUCCGGCUCAUCUGCCGCCCUGUAUGCUCCGUCUCGCCUCCUGCCCUCCAGCCACGCCGUGAAUACGAGUCUCCCCUUCACUGACCGGCAGGCUUGGCUGCGACACGGCCUCGAGCCUGCCUCCUUCUCGAAUGGCUUGGAUCGUCUGGAGACGCAGAUUCGUCAGAACACGCUAAAGUGCUGCACUCCCUUACCAGUCGCCUUAACCGCAGAUAGUGUCCCAUCCUUCACACAACAGCCUAUAUCAACGUCUUCGUCUUCGAUUUCGCUUUCGCUUUCGCUUUCGCAUUCGCAUUCGCCCUCGACCUCACCUUCAUCUUCGCUUUCACCUUCGCCAUCAAUUUCCCCUUCUCCUUCAGCUUCGUCUUCAACUUCAUCUUCAACUUCUCGCUCGCCCUCGCCGUCGCCGUCUCAAUCACCUCUCCCCACUGCGUCGGCAACCCACUUGGCUUGUCCCGUUGCCAUGUUCGCCCAGCCGAAGGCGUUCUCCUCCUAUCCCUACACUCACCCCCCUCUCCCUCAUUCACAGCCCCAACAGCCCGAUCAGUGUGACCUCCAUCAGCCUUACCAACACCAACACCAGCACCAGAUGCAACUGCAACUCCAGCCCCAGCACCAGCACUUGCAUCAGCAUCAACAACAACAACAGCGCCAGCCUCCGAGUCAUCCUCAGAGUCAUCAGCACGCGCAGGUACAGUUCUCAGCCCAUCCGCCUCUGCCCCUUCUCCAGAUCACGACCGGCCAGCGAGCUCUUUAUGCCGCCCCCUUUCUGGCUGGCUCCGCGCCCAACUUGGUUGGGGCAUCGGGGCAUCCGAAUCUUCUGCCCGUGCACAGGCAUCAUCCGGCCUGUCGAUUCGCCCAACUCAUGUCGCAGCCUCCCGUCUGCCCGCCCUCGAGAGGGAGGCCGAUGCAGACGCUCAUCUGCCUCCGAUGCUUGUCCAUAAGGAACUGGACCGCUUUCGAAGAAUGGAAGCGGGUCGAGGGCUACGGCACAGCAGCUCACCAGCUCCACAAUCCGGACAGCAACGCGGCCCGACGGCGACAGUUUGGGCCCAUCGAGAAUCGAGAAGAUUGGAAUGCCAUGACAACCGGUGAGGAUGCAGAAUUAAGGCAAGAGGGUGUGACGAGUGAAGAUCAAGAAGAUGACGGAAUUGAUGUCAUCUUAAAAGAUAUUAAAACACAACUUAAACCUCUUCAUCAGAUGCGAUACACAACCCAUCAGAUUGGCCUUUUUCCAGCAGCCAGUGCUGCCACAGGCCAGCCUGAUCGGGACUGUAGACAGCCGCAUCCAAUGGAUGGGCCCCUCCUCUCCGCCAGACAGCCUCAGCCUCAACACGACUCGGGGUCCGUCGCUGCUAGACUCCCCGAGACCAGAGAGCCGGGCCUCGGGGACUACGAAGGCGCUUGGAAACGAGGCGAAUCCAGUUGGACUCUGAACGUCUCCAAGUCCCAUACCUGUCCUCAUUCAGUGGGCAUCAGCAACUGUCGUCGCAGUGACAGACAACGCCAGCCGAUGACCACCGUUGGGUUCAGAGACUUAGAAACACGAGUUGAGGAGCUGGCUUUUGAUCCGGGCGUUGUUCUGCCCUCCUCGGUAGCCCCCAGGGGCGUGUCUUAUGCGCUAAAUCGCUGCGACUCCGACGCCUUUUAG